AUGGAGGUCGUCUCCUACUCCUAUCCCCACUCAGUAGAGACGACACAGGAUCUGAUACACUUGCUACGGGCCACGGUGCGGAGCCCUAGGCUUGCGGAGGAGGGGAUUCUUAGGGCAUACCUGGCUUACCACAUCUGGUUGGACCGGAAUGCUCGACUGUUUGAGGGCAGGAGGCUCUCGGCGAGGAUGGUGAUAAAGAGAGCUGUGCUUCAGGCCGAGGAGGUCUUUUCUUGUACUACCGUGUCUUCACUUGGGAUAACUAGGGACAUCUGGGGUACCCGCAGUGCUGUUUUAGCGUCCAGGUUUGCCGUUGUUUCUUGGAUACCCCCACCCCUUGGUUAUCUUAAAGUGAAUUUUGAUGGCAGUGUGGCGACGGACAGGAGGUUGGGAGGAGUUGGAUUUGUUAUCCGAGACCAUUUUGGGAGUUUGGUUGCAGCGGGAGGGCGGGGCUCGACAGGUCUCACGGUUGCUGGGGCAGAGCUGUAG